GGGGACGGGACUAGAAGGGGGCGUGGCCUGCGCAGAUCUCGCGAGAGAGAGAGAAAGCGAGAGGAAGGACCAGCUCUCCAUCCGGCCGGUUGCUGGGAGAGGUCCCUAUUCCUGCUGCUUCUCUCUCGGCUUCGUUUGACACCAGUUGCUGCCGCCGCCACUGCCACUGCUGCUCCUGCUCUGCACCUCACCAAGGCGGAAGGUUGAGUAUUUGUUCUUCGUCAGUUUGAGGGAAAGACUACAUUCGAUCGGACUGUAACUAUGCCACCUAAGUUUAAACGACACUUAGAUGAUGAUGAUGUGACAGGUUCUAUAAGAAGUGAAAGGCGGAACCUGUUGGAAGAUGACUCUGAUGAAGAAGAAGACUUUUUUCUAAGAGGGCCUACUGGACCUAAAUUUGGACCAAAGAAUGACAAGAUUAAACAUGUUCAGAAUCAAGUCGAUGAGGUUAUUGAUGUGAUGCAGGAGAAUAUCACCCGAGUGAUUGAACGAGGAGAGCGACUUGAUGAACUACAAGACAAAUCUGAAAGUUUAUCUGAUAAUGCCACAGUUUUCAGCAACAGAGCAAAGCAGUUGCGACGUCAGAUGUGGUGGAGAGAGUGUAAGAUGAAGGCCAUCAUAUCAGUGGUUGUCGUAAUUGUCUUGUUAGUUAUCAUCAUACCUGUAAUUUUGAAGAACCGCUCAUGAUGACGAGACAUGCACGGUGACAAUGCAGGAAAGUUACUGCCUCGGUCUCUAGAAACUACUUGAGAUACAUGUAUAAUAUCUCAGUUAUGGUUCUAUCCAUUUUUUACAGAAGAAAUCUGCACUCAUGAGCACUCUCCACAUUGAGUUCCCUUCUGGAAUAGGGGACCAAUACAUUACCUAACUGCUAUCUACAGGAAGGGUAGUUUAUUUCCUUUUAAGUAUAUUGCAUCAUUGCCAUGAAAAUUUUUUUUUUUUUUAAACCCUUCACAGAUAAUUUGAUUUUGGUGAAACGUGGUAUCUAAACAAAUUGUCAUCUAGCUUUCCCCAAUUUUCUUGAGGGAAUUGACUCACAUUUGGGAUAAAGUUACACAAAUACAUAUCCCUUCAGAGUACCUUGCUCAAGUUAGCAUUCUUAGUACACGAGUCUAAUCAGUGAAUGUUGGUGUGCUUUUGCACAGUGAAGAACAUCUCAAGAAAACCCAUUCCUCUUCACUUUCUCAGACGCGUAGAUGUGUAGUUGUUCCAGCAAGGUCAAUGGAAAGGGAUCAGGAAUAAGCACCCAAGCUAAUUUUCCCCCUCGUUCCAUGGCUCGUAUGAUACCGAGCCCACUUACACCCUAUUUUCCAUCCAGACUGAAAUCCACCAACCCUGCAUAAUCCUGGGGUUGACCACAGGCUUUGUGUGAUUUAGUACUGCAUUAGAAGGUGCAAUAAUUGACCAAACCACUAGAUAAGUAGUUGAUGUAUCUACUGAAGUGGAGGAGGAUUGAAUGGAUUCUACAAUGAAGUAGGGAUCAAUGCUUUUUGGCAUAAUGUCCUGUUUCUGAGAAGAAUUUUCUCAGUCAUGUGAUAUAUUUGUUAAGAGAUUACUUAUUGAUAAUAAAUUAUAUGCAACUAUUUUUUUGACCAUGCCAAACUGUUAUUUACUUUGAGUAUGCUUUGUCCUGUAUGUUUUAAGGUGUUUCUUUUUGCUUCAGAAUUUUGAGUUUACUUAAUUGUAAAAAUUAUUUUAUAAUAAAAUCCAUAAUACUUCAUAGAUCAUCCAGAUUGCCACUUGCACAUGAUGUUGGUGAGCUGGAUUUAUUUAAUUCUUUGCUUUUCACCUCAGGAGUAAAAUUAUCUUUGCGCUGCAUCAGCUGCAGCGUGACUAUGUCUGUGGAAAGUUAUUUUUCUAACCUAAGACAACUUGCUGUGCUGUUUUCAAAUUUCUUUUGCUAGAAUAGAGAGAGUUCAAUUUCAACAUUUUCAAUCCUUACCACAGAAACAUUAGAGAGAGAAUCGCAUGUAUCCAAGGAGAGGCCUGUUCCCUCUUUGCUCUCGAGGGUAUAGUUGGACGGUAUAACUCUGGCUGAGAAAUACUCACAAUUUAAUACUGGGUGCAGUAUAAUGGGGGUGACAAAGUUGGAAUAGCACAUCAAGUUGUAUGUUCAUUUACUCUUAUUUACUAAAAGUGCUUCAGUUUAUUUUUUUUAAACAGUUGUUUCUUUAUUUGACUGCCUAUUAAAAGUGGUAAUGUAGGAGUUUGUUGUAUCUUUUUCUAACAUGUGCGUUAUUAGGCCUGGAAAAGUGAACUGUCCAGUAGAUAAUAAGAUCUUUUGAAGCCUUGUCACAUGUCCCACAGUGUUAUACUUGCAAAAAUGUACUAAAGCCAGUCAUUGACCUGGUUAGAAGCUUAAAUGUGUAACAUGAAGCCACAGUCAUUAGAGAUUGACUGUAGAAAUUUAUAAGUAGGUAAAAUCACCUGGAUUUGCCUGUUUAAAUAAUGGCCUCAUAAAUGCAGGCCACGUUAGAAAAUAAACAUCAAAACCCAGAACCAGACCAGCCAUGUGAUUAAAAGAUUUGGAAGCAUCAAAAUCAUAUGCAGAGGUUUUUGAUUUCAUACGUAAAUAAUGGAGUGUCCUUCAUUUGGCUAUUAAUCAAACUUGUUUUGAGAUGGGUUUACAGCCCAGACUAUGCUGCCUUUAUAGCUAAGUUUGAAUUUAUUAUCUUGAUGCACCGCAAGUUCUUCAAAAAGAAAAAAGUGUUAAUAGGAGCUUAGAAGUUUAACAAAGCAGUGAGGAGAUUUACAAGUUUAUAAUCAAGCUCUCUGGAAACUACCCAAGAAGAAUGUAAGAAUGUAAAACUUUUCCAAUAGGGUUUCCUAGUUUAAUUUGUUUGUGAAUGAGAGGUGAGUGUGGUAAAAAUGCAUUGAGCAGUCAUAAAGAAUGCUAUUUAACAUUGUGCAAGAAAAUGAUUCGUGUCUUCUUUGUUGAACCAAAGGAUAUAAUCACUAAGUUGAGAGUUAAGAUACUCUCUCAACUUAAGAUGUAAAGCAAUUGUCGAGGAUAGCAAAAUAAGUUUAAAAUGGAAAUAAGAUACAGUGAUUGGUUUGGUAAUGAUCUCUGCAUUCACAUAAUAGAGUAUAACUGAAGGCAGGUGUCCUGUCAUUCUCCAUGAUCAAGCAGCUGGGAAUUUUAGAAGAAAUGUUAAAUUUUUUUUUCGAAUGCAUUGUAAUUAAUUAGAAGCCACAAUGACACCCUGGUAAUGUAGAAGCAGUUAGUAGCAAAACAAUUCUAGUCAUGAAAAAGCAUAUCUUCCCACAUUAUCACACUUUGUAACUUCUUGUAAGAAAAGAGAUGACUGGUCUGCAGCAAUAUUGAUGUUUUAGUCCUUUUCUAGUAUCUUGAGUGGUGUACCUGAUUUUUUUUGCUGUUUGUUUUCUCGUGAGGGUCACUGAAGGUUAAUCUUUGCAAUAACUGAAUUCUUAAUGAAUGUGCAGUUUCAUCUGGUUAAAUAAAAAGAUAAGUUGAGAAAUAUAUACAUAAAUGAGUAAGUAUAAAUCUUCUUAAAUGUAGAUUUUUUUUUAAACCAAUGAUGAAUAUACUGGCUUCUAAAUUGAUAGACGUGAACCCAAUUGUAAAAGGAGAUUAGUUUGUUAAUCAAAUGCUCAAAUAUUGUAGAACUAUAAUUUUUUAAAAAAUCAUUCCCCAUUUGUAAUUUAACACUUUCAUUGAGUACGCUGUGAAUAUGCAUUUCCACUUCAUUGUGGAUAGUAAGAAGUUUGUUUUAUUGAGUGUACAAUUAAAGCCUUGGCCACUAAAACUGAAUAAAUGGAGGAGCAACAGCACAAUUUGGUUCCUGAUUUUCUCCUUUAUAGGUUUCAAAAGGUUCUAUGGCCAUGUUAGAACCUUACUGUUUAAAGUUUGUCUGUUUUUACUUUCAGUCGUAGAUUGAAGGAUUGCGAACCAACUUACGUUCUGCUACGGUUAAAACAUGACCUAGAACAAACCCAAAUAGAAAUGGGUUUCAUUCGUAAUCAAAAUCACUUUUCUCAGAGCAGUCUAAUUUGUACCUUUUUAUUUUGUCGUUGAACCCAGUUAGAGCUUUACAUACAAUGUGCAAUUCUAAAAAUUGUUGCCUUUUUCACCUGCUGUAUAGAACUUGUAAAUCCUUAGUUUUUUUUUAAACAUGACUGCAAUAUGUUUACAAUAGUGUAUGUUCAUUUGUACCUCUUUCUUCCUCCCUCCCUUGCUCUUCAUCCACCACCCUUGUUCCUUAGUACCAUGGAUAAUCCCAUGGGCAAGAGAACAGAUAUAGGUGCUGUGUCUGGUGUUUGCCAGUGCCAUUUUGUGCAUGACUUUUUUUGCAAGAUGGUCUGUGAGGUGGACUUAUUUUAGUCUAAUGAUUUUUCCUUCUGCUCGUAUACUCAGUAAUAUUUUGCUCUUAAUUAGCAUCUCUGUUAGUUCUUCACCUCUGACAACUGACUGGGUCACAGUAAGCAUGAAUCAACUUGUACAAUUCAUAGGGCAGGUUGUUGUCAUUAGUUAAAGCUUCUGACAAUUAAUAGGCUGCAAGACAAUGUCAUAUUUUUCACCAUUAUUCAAUUUCCUAGGGGUGGUAUAGUGAAGAAAACUUCUUUUAAACAUUAAUAGAAAAAAAGACUUGAAUAUUAAGGGAGUUUACCUUGUUGAGUUUUACUUUGUGUUGUAACUCUGUUUUAGUGUUGUUUUUUAUCCGUAUAUCUGCAUUGUACAGGCUGUUUAUAAACACUUACUGUUUAUAAUUGGGUGAAAACAAGGAUAAUUCAACAGCAUACCCAAAACCAUUUAAAAAAAAAACUGAGUAUUGGCUUAAUUUCCAGGUAAAAUACUUUUUAUCAUCUGAAAAGUUUUUACAAUAUAAUGUGAUUUGAUUGUUUUGAUUCCUUUUGAAUGUUGUACUGAGAACUGUGAAAAUAAAAAGUGUGCACUAUCACAAA